GUAGCGCCGUACGCCCUACGCGACUUGCGAGUGUGCUGCGCCUUCCACUCACGGAGCCGCUUCAUAAUUGACACAGACGAGUUUAAUAAUUAAGCGAUAAAUAUACCAACACAGUGUCCGCAAGAGGAGGGCGGCAGUCGAGUGGCGACCGCGUUACGUGCCAGACACACGCGACUUGUGAUGUCUUGAAGCUUAUUCGACAUUUUUCUAUCGGACAUCGAAGGAAUCUCACCGGACUGGUUCCCGCGCAAUGCUGCGUUAGUGCGCCGCUCUGGUGAACCCUUUCGCUUGUAAAUGUGCCGAUAUUUACAUAUGCGCGCUCGAUCUCGCUUCGAACUUUCGAUCAGCGCCCGUGGUUCAUCUGGUGCGCCCGCGCAGGCGUCCGCGCCCUCGCCGCCCCAGCGCGCUCAUCUCCUGCACGACGUGCGAUGAUCCACGUACGUUUUUUACUCACCCUAUUCAAUGCACCUAGGAUCAACUAAGUGGGUCGAGGAGAAUUAUGCGUGGGGCGUGCGCAUGCGCGGUGGUGUGCGCGUUGGUGGCGCUGUGUGCGGCCGGCGGGCCGGACGAGGAGAGCCUUGCCGCCGCCGAGCGGCAGCUGCUGGCACUGCUGGGACUGCCCCGGCGCCCUUCGCCCCGCGCCCGCCCGCCGACACCAGUGCCGCGAGCCAUGCGCCUCUUGUAUGAUACGCGAGGCGCGAUGCCUGCGGCCGCCGCCAACACGGCGCGCUCUUUCUACCACACCGCUACAGACCUCGACGACCGCUUCCCUCAGGAGCAUCGCUUUCGUCUAUAUUUCAACAUAAGUGGCGUACCUGGCGACGAAGUCGCUCGAGGCGCGGAUGUCACCUUUCAACGCGCCGUCGGUGUCACCGGCACACAGAGGCUGCUGUUGUACGACGUGGUGCGCCCGGGCAGACGCGGAAAGAGCGAACCAAUUUUGAGACUCCUCGAUUCAAUUCCGCUCCGACCGGGCCAAGGUUCGAUCGCGGCGGACGCCCUCAGCGCGGCGAGGAGGUGGCUCAAGGAACCGCAACAUAAUCAUGGCCUUUUAGUGCGCGUCAUAGACGAUAGCGUAGGCAAUGAAAGUGUAAAAUUUCCACAUAUUCGCGUCCGACGGCGCGCCACAGACGAGCACGAGGAGUGGAGCGCUAUCCAGCCUUUGCUGAUGCUUUACACGGAGGAUGCGAGAGCGAGAACGGCUCGGGAGCGUGGAGAGUCGUCGCUGAUGAGAAAUAAGAGAGCGACGCAGCGCAAAGGCCACCGGCCCCACCACAGGCGUAAGGAGGCGCGGGAGAUUUGCCAGCGACGCCCCCUGUUCGUAGAUUUCGCGGACGUGGGUUGGAGUGACUGGAUUGUCGCCCCCCAGGGCUACGAAGCCUACUAUUGCCAAGGCGAUUGCCCGUUCCCAUUAGCCGAUCACCUCAAUGGUACGAACCAUGCGAUUGUGCAGACUUUAGUGAACUCAGUGAAUCCGGCCGCGGUGCCGAAGGCGUGUUGUGUGCCGACGCAACUUUCCCCUAUAUCUAUGUUGUAUAUGGACGAAGUGAACAAUGUGGUGCUUAAAAACUAUCAAGACAUGAUGGUGGUAGGGUGUGGCUGCCGAUGACGAAGGCUGAGCCCAGUGGUGGACCUAGUGAUAUAUCGUGGACCCAGUGUAUAUAUAGUCGUGGCCUCGAAAAUUGUACAUAAUCAACUUGUAUAUACAUAUUCUUGUAAUUAUUAUUAUUUUAUUGAAACGAUAAUGAUAUAAUAAAAUAUUAAAUUUA